ACAGGCACUACGACGUUUUGAUCGAACUGUUACCCUGCCUUAUAUCGACACCACAAUGGACAACAGUUUAACUAAUCCAUGGAUGUCCAAUUUAUGGUCUGCUGAGGGUAUUGGUAAUAUUGACGGGGGCCAGGUUAGGGUGGGACCAUUUGCGAACUGGCGAUAUCAAACACAGGACCGACGGUAUGUCCCUCUCACAAGAAAUGGCGGAUCAGGAAGAGACUACUUUCCGGCAGAUUGUUACAGAAACAUAAUACGUGAAAGCAGAAACUCUAGAAUAUUGGAACCAUUGGCUGCUACUAAUCGUAACUUAGAGGCGUGUCAUAAUUAUGCACACGCCACUAUUGGUGGCACGAUGAACGAUAUUGAUGUUUCUCCAAAUGACCCGGUGUUUUACUUGCAUCACUGCUAUGUAGACAAAGUGUGGCAAGAUUUCAGAGACAAUUCAAAAUCUGUUAUAGGUGAUGAUUUCGAAUUUGAUUAUCCAAUUACAUCUGAUGUAUUCCAUCAGCCAAACCGAGCAAUGGGUAAUUUAAAUGAAUUUACAAAUAUCAUGGGGUAUCUCAAAAUUUUCGAUGAAAGAAUAACCCGUUAUGCGCCAUCUCCUGGAGAAAUCACGUGCACACGUAACUCUGACUGUCAAAGUCCUCAAUUUUUGAGAUGCUCAUCUGGACGUUGUAUUCCAAUUUUGCGUAGUUCGUCAUCACCCUUUGGGAGAAGAAAAAAACGUGACGUAGAGUACGAAGAUGACGAAUAUAAAUCUGUUAUGGACAGUUCAUAUCAGAACAGUUUUGUGAUUGAUGGAGAAGCUGAUGUAAGUCAAUGGGCCUUCAUUCCAGUCACUUUGAUGUAUAUCAGACCGAUGGGCCAACAUUUCGGUUGCAAUCCUGUACGAAAUGGUAGUAUAGAUGACAACGAUGAUAUCUAUUCAAACGACAAAUCCUCACAAUUAUGGGAUUAUUUUAAACCAGGAGUAGACAAAAGACGGGUUUCCGAUUCUCAAUCUGGAGCAACCAAGUUUUUCGUACAAUCCGAUGGUAUAUCGUACAAAGGUAGAUACAUCGAUUAUGGUAUCAUUGAUACACGGCAGAUGGUAUACGAAACAGUCGCUUAUGUUGGUGUAAAAAAUCCUCGAAGUGGAUCUGCAACAUCUUAUGUGAGUGUUUAUGAUCUUCACGGCCAUGUCUGUCAGCCACGGUGUAUAGACAGAUCGUCCAAAACACUUUUUUAUAAAAAGUGUUCCGGCGUUAUCAAAUUGACGAAAGAAGAACCCCAGAUGUAUGGUGACGACAUUGCCGAAUCAGUCAGGUACAGGUAUACGUACAACUUUGACGGAAACAAGCCUACAAGUAAUUAUCGAGAUAUAUUUCUUCAAUUUGUUUGUGAGUAUGGAGCAGAGUAUCCAUGGAAAGACUGUAGUAGUGUUUAAAUUUAU